UUGAGUGCUCGACGGUGAAGAACGAAGUCGGUGAGGUGGGAAACGCUCAAGCGUGUUAGUUUGUGUGCAUUCACCUGAUGCAGAUGUUACAGUGGAUGAUGUUAGCUAUUGAUCUUUGUAGCAUUAUUCCAAACUAUGGCUAGCUAUUUUCUAACUUUCCAACCCGAAUCUUGAAAACAAGCAAGCUGACGAAAGCUAAUUGUUAGCUGGCUAACUGUUAGCCAGUUGCAUUUCGCACCGAGCCCGGGGAAUUUGGAAAACAUUGACUGAAGAAGCAGACAAGCAGGCUACAGGCGUAGGAACUACAGGGUGAGAGAUGUGGGACCAGGGUGGACAGCCCUGGCCGCAAUGGCCUAUGAACCAGCAGCAGUGGAUGCAGUCCUUCCAGCACCAGCAAGAUCCAAGUCAAGUGGACUGGGCAGCACUGGCCCAGGCCUGGAUUGCUCAGAAAGAGUCUACAGGCCCUACAGUAGACCAGCAGAACAUUCAUCCUAAUGGACAGGACAUCCCUGGCAUGGAUCCUGUGAUGCCCAAUAACCAUGGCUCCUUCCAGGGCGACGCCAAUUUUGGCAGAAUGUGGCAACCUGAAUGGGGGAUGCACGGUCAGCCCCCUCCUCCUCCCCCCAUAGACCAGGUGUGGAUCCCCCCAGGGACAGGACCUAUGGGGACUGGACCUAUGGAUGUGGUGGCUCCCUCUGAGGACAGCACCAGCCAGGACAGUCUGGAGUUCUCUGAAGGCCACCACAGGGUCUACCCCCAGAACAGCCACGGCUUCGGGGGUCAGCCCGACAACUACGCCAUGAACCCAAUGGCCAUAAACCAGUUUGAUUAUCAGCAUGGGGCGGUUGCCACAGGGUUCCACCCUCCAUACUGGCAGCAGGGCCCUCCACAGAACAGACGGGACAGGCCCCCUGGCUUUAGGGACCGCCAGAGAUCCCCCGUCCAGAUCCCCAAACAAGAUGCUCCUGCUGCCGCCCUCGCUUUCCCAGGCACGCAGGAAAACAGGCACACACACACAGCAUCCAAUGACCUGGCUCUCCUGUCAGAUGCUGUGAAGAGGCGCACCUUGCCGGCCUGGAUCCGAGAGGGCCUGGAGAAGAUGGACAGGGAGAAACAGAAGAAGCUGGAGAAGGAGCGCAUGGAGAAACAGCGUGCCGAAAUGGCUAAAGAUGAAGACAAAGAGAGCGACGCGGUGGACGAGGGCGGCGAUGGGCCUCGUUUACCCCGCAAGAGUAAAUUUGACAGUGAUGAUGAAGAGGGUGAUGAGGAGGAGAGGGAAGAUGAGGACCGGGUCCUGACCAGGAAGCAGGAGCUGGCCAGCAGGAGCCCGUCACCUCUCCCGGAGGACCAGAGCGAACCAGAGAUGACUGAGGAGGAGAGAGAGGUCCAGCUGAUGAUUGUGACUAAAACUCUGCUGACGGAAAUCCUACUGGAGGUCACCAACGAAGAGAUCCAAACUGUGGCCAAAGAGACGCACCGCAAAGCCACCAAAGCGCCUGCCAAACAGCUGGCACAGUCAAGUGCACUGACUUCUCUGAUCGGCAUUGGUGGACUUGGCGACUAUGGCUCGGACUUGAGUGAGGACGAGGAGGAGCACAGCGCCCAGGCGUCCGAGUCCUCCGACACGGACGAGGAGGAGCUGCACCACCGUAUCCGGGAGAAGAUAGACGCCUUCCGACGUAAGGAGAGGGAGCUGCAGGAGAGACAAGCGCAGGAGGCGCAGCACGCACGUGAAGAGAUGUCACUGGACAGAGUGAGCAGAGAGAGGGGGGAUUAUGACGAGGGCCAGUUAGAGAGCCUCCACAAACAGGAAGUGAGAGAGAGGGAGGUGGAACCCACAGCAGAGAGACGCAGGUCCCGCAGUGAGCCUGAGGUUAGCAACGAGGUCAGGCAGGUGGGUCGGGGUAAGGAGCGUGGCAUAGUGCGAGGCACCAGCGGUUCCCCCAGCAACGGACGCAGCAGCAGCUCCAGCUCCAGCAGUGCCAGCAGCCAAUCGUCUUCCUUCUCCUCAUCAUCCUCAGCCUCCUCACGCUCCUCUUCGCGCUCCUCCUCGCCCCGGAGGAAGAGGAGGCGCAGCCGCUCCUCCUCGCACAGGGCCCGCGGUGGCGGCCGGCGCAGCCACAGUCGCGGCUCCCACAGACGUCACGGGGAGCGCAGCGGCGACAAGGCCCGGGAGAGGAGGAAGGGCAGUCGGAACCACAGCGCAGAGCGCUCUGCCCGCCACCGGAACCGCAGCCACUCGAGAGAGCGAAGGGUCAGCAGGGGAGGCAAGAGCAGGUCCAAGGACAGGGCCAGCCGCAGCAAGAGCAGGGACAAGGAGAGGGACAGAGACAGGAAGAGGAGCAGGGAGCGCAGGGACAGCCGCAGCAAGAGCAGGGACAAGGAGAGGGACAGAGACCGGAAGAGGAGCAGGGAGCGCAGGGACAGUCACAGCAGCAAGCACAAGCAGAAAGCCUCCAGCAAGGAUAGGGACAGGAAGAAAGACCGUAGCGGCAGCCACGACAAGAAGGAGAAAGAGAAGAAGAAGGAGAAGGAGAAAGAGUCAGAUAGGAAGAAGGAGAGGCAGAAAGCCAAAGAGAAAGAGCGGGAAAAGGAGAAGGGGAAGGAAAAGGAGAGGGGGAAGGAGAAAGAGAGGGAUAGGGAGGUGAGCUCUGUGGUGGCGGAGGAGAGCAACGGAAAAUCCAAGAAAAGGAAAGAGAGCAGCGAUCACACAGACCCUCAGGGUGACAAGCACUCCCGUCAGGAUAGCAAGGCUAGCAAGAAGGGCUCUGCCAAAUCUAGCAAGAGGUACUCCGACUCGGAGUCGAGUAGGUCCCCCACCCCCGAGCUUAGCAAGGAAAAGAAGUUCAAGAAAUCCAAACGUAGUCGCUCAAGAUCAACGGAAAAAUGUCACAAGUCUGGUAAGAAGGCAAGCCGCAAAAACAAGUCUAAGUCACGAUCAAGGUCCACGUCUCCCGCCAGGCGUAGGCGUUGAGGAGCGCAGGGCUCCCUGAUCUGUGCACUUACGUUUAAAUUCCAUGAGUUUAACAGGCUUGUCUCAUUAUAGAGGCAAUGGUGUAGGUGAACUCUCCACUCCCCCCAACCUUCUAUCUUUGUAAAUAUGUUAUUUUUAAGGGCAAGUCGGCAAACAGGACAUUUUGAAUGCUAGGUUUUUGCCUUCUAUCAUGCAAAGCUCGGAGGCUUUGUAGUCAGUAGAAUCUUGGAAAGAUGUGUCAUUUUAAAAAGCUUAACAGGAUAAACGUAUUAAUGUAAAUUGUUGAUUAAAACUGAAAUGAUCCCUUG